GAAACUAAAUUGAAGCACCAACUCCUCGUAUAAAAACCGCCGAUGAUCGAAUUUGUUACAAUUCCAAUCCUCACUGCAUGUAUCUCGCUUUCCACACAAUCACUCUCACACAAUACAUCAUUGCAUUCCCUCACUCUCACCCUUUUAUGAUUUUCCGUGCCCUCUUCUUCUUCUCCUCUCCUCCACUCUCUUCAACAAAAUCAGAAACAGAGUGCAACCCACCCUUCUAGUUGAAUUGUGUUUCUUCUUCGUGCGUGUUCUGCUACAGGAUUUAGUUGAAGAAUGAGAGGACAAGAAGAAAAACCUGUCACAUUUCCAGGUGUGUAGAAAAGAAAAUAUCUCAUUUCUUUAACCAGUCGGGAUCAGAAAGAAAGUCUUAUAGGGCAUCAAGUCAGUUCCCUUCUAAACUAUCACGGGGUUUGUUUCAUUUGACAUUUGUUUAUUCAUCUUAAAUCUUCCAUUUUUGACUUAUUUGGGUUUCGUUUUCUUUUUGGUUGGUUCUUCCCCUCUGAUUUGCUUUGGAGCCUAUUAGGUGUUAACUGGUAAUUGUCUCUUAUAAAAGGCUCGUCUCUUCUUCACCAUCUUCAUCUCUCUGUUCUUUUCCUCUGAGCUUCAUAAACUGACAGAAAUGGCGGAAAUUCCCAAGUUGGAUUUGGCUUCCAUUGAUGAGGUUUAUGGAUUAGAAGAGAAAAUGGGCACCCAGAAAAUCUCAGUUUCGGAUCAUAUAAAUGGAUUUCACUACACAGCUGAUAAAUCUGAUAGCUUUGUGAUUGACAUGGAGAGUUUCAACCAUGGCAUCACAGAUAAAGAUGUAACUGCAAAUUCUAGAAUCUCGUUGCAGAGAAAUCUUUCAAGGAAAUGGUCACAGAGAGUUGGAGAGAAGAAGAUAAGCACUAAUGGAAAUUCAAAUGAUAGAGAUGUUUCAGGUUCAGCUAUAAGUUCACCCAAAGGUCCUAUUACGCCCGAAAAGCCAGCGGUGGUUGCAGGGACCGCAGAUCACCCGGGCAGCCCACAAGUCCACCAUCAGAUUACCGUCACAGCGGCCAACAUUGGCACCACCACCGAUGGCAGAUGCGUUGCUAGGAGAAAUAGUUUCCGGCGUUCUUCAUCGUGGGCCGUUGAUCCCAAGAGGGUUCUCUUCUUCUUUGCAACAUUGUCAAGCAUUGGUACAAUCUUAUUGAUAUACUUCACACUUACAAUUGGCAAGUACAAUAUAGAGGAAAAUAGUCUUGAUUGGUAGCAAUGACAGAAGGUUGAAGCAGGUGUAAGCCUAGUAGUGGAAUUGCAGACACAAAACAAUACCACAUGGAAGAGUAAGUAAUUGAAAAAAGUUGGCAGUUUUUUUAUGAGAGAUGUGGAACAAAAUACAGAACAGAAAGAUGAUUCAGUUGGAAGUAUGGACAAAGCUAACAACAUUUUCAUCACGGUGUGUGUUCAAAAAGCAAAUCCCAAAGCCAAUUUGUGCAGCAGGCCCUUUACAGUGUUAGAAGUGAAGACAAGAACACACUCCACUUUGACAAAGAGAAGGAAUCUUCUUCCUCUUUAUUUAUGUAGAUGGAUGAGCUCACCACAUGAUGUGUUCUUCUCCUUUUGUAAUAUAUUGUUUUCUCUGCACAGUUUAGUGGAGGUUUGUAAAGUUGCUUUUUUGCUCUCA